AGCAUAUCUCGGAGGGCUACUCCGCGCGCUUAAAACCAGAGAGAAUGGAACCGGGCGCCAAACCGGGGGAGGAGUCGAACGCGGCCGAUCGCUCCUCCCAUCCUCGAAACUCCCGAGCGAAUCCCCAUCGCAUCUCGAGAAACCCCUCCCCCGCCUCUCUUCCCCUCUUUGGAUCUCCCACGCAGAUCUGAUCGCGUUCCCUUUGUCUCGAUUCGAGAUUUUGCCCGAUUUCGAGCGAAAAGAUUCAUUAUUUUUUGAUCUAGCUCUCGUAGAUUUGGAUUUCUUUCCUCUCCUUCGGUUUUGGUUUUGGUUUUGGUUUGGAUCUGGAGCUAGGGUUUGAGGUCCAGCGCCAUGGAUCAGCCCAUCAUGAGCUCUAGAUGUAGAAUGCCUCGGCUUGCUCUUCUCCUCCUUCUUGUCUCCAUUUCUGCCUCUGGAUUCGUUUUAGCUCAGGAAUUGGAGAUGGAGAAUGGGGGCGAGAACAGGUCAGCCGACACGGUCAGAUCCUUGGAUCGCCGGACAAAAAUGUUUCUGCACUCAUUUGAGAAGGAUGCCACGAGUGGGGAAGGUGUUACUUCAUUGGAGGAAACAGGAUUGGGGCUUUUUGAUGCCUUCUUUGCUAGCUUGUCUAUGAUCAUCGUCAGUGAGAUCGGAGACGAGACAUUCAUAAUUGCUGCUCUUAUGGCAAUGCGCCAUCCGAGAACAAUUGUUCUGUCGGGUGCACUUACUGCCCUUAUUGUGAUGACAGUUCUAUCAACUGGACUUGGUAGAAUAGUUCCCAACUUGAUAUCAAGAAAGCAUACAAAUAGUGCAGCUACAGUGCUUUAUGCGUUCUUUGGGCUACGUUUGCUAUAUAUUGCUUGGAGAUCAGAUUCGAAAGCAUCGCAGAAGAAGGAAAUGGAAGAAGUUGAAGAAAAGCUUGAGGGAGGACAAGGGAAAACAACAUUUCGCCGCUUCUUUUCAAGAUUUUGUACACCUAUUUUCUUAGAGUCAUUUAUUUUGACCUUCUUAGCUGAGUGGGGCGAUCGUAGCCAGAUAGCAACUAUUGCGCUGGCAGCCCACAAGAAUGCAAUUGGUGUUGCUGUGGGAGCAACAAUAGGACACACUAUAUGUACAUCGUUUGCAGUAGUUGGAGGGAGCAUGCUGGCAUCCAAGAUUUCGCAAGGCACAGUUGCCACUAUUGGUGGCUUUCUUUUCCUUGGGUUUUCCUUGUCAUCAUACUUCUAUCCACCAUUGUGAUUGUAGAUGUUAAUGCUAAUUCAUUUGGAGUCUGUUCGUUCCAACUCUAUCUCAAUUUUUGUUGUUAUUUGUGUCGUCCAUUCUUAUAACAAGCAAAUCAGGCGAGUUCCACUAGUUCGGUCAAUUGUUUGUGCUGUAUGAUGUAUACUAGCUAAAUAUAUGUUUCUCAAAAAAAAAGCUAAAUACAAUAUUCUAUUGGUUUUUUUAUU